ACCACAGCCAGCUGGCCAACCCAGCAAGCCGCCCCCUCCAUCGAGCCCCUCCUCGACCCGUUUAAUAAGCUGCGGCACUCAGCCAGCUGCUCCCUCUCGGUCCAACUGAAAGGGCAAGAGGAGGAGUUCCGUCUCCCCACGACUCUUGCGAGAAACCCCUUUGCUCUGGAAUUGAUCCUACGUGAGCGCACAUCGAGACGCAGUGCCAGAAGCGAAGCGAACCCAACGACAAAGCGCUGCUGAUUGAAGCGGACACGAUUGAAUUGUCCAUCCACAUACAUGGACGUGGCCUUGACGAAGCCCGUUGCGGCUUCCACCGCUGCUACAAAUGCCAGUGCCGGCGGUAGUGCCGGCCUGGCCGCUGCCUACAACCGCUCCGCCUGCACAGAAUGUCAGCGGAGGAAACAAAAGUGCAAUCGUGAGUGGCCGUGCGACCGCUGCCAACGUCGCAAGAUUGCCGACGAAUGUCGGUACAACACCACCAAUCCCCCACUCGCGCCAUCCGCUUCCAGCGACGUCAGCGACAGGGACAAGGACAAGGACGACCAUCUGCCGCACGGCAAGCAAAGACCCGGCGAUCCAGUCCCCAAUGGCGUUGCAGAUGGCGGUCCCAGUUCUGCCGGCAGUCGCACUGAUGCACCGUGGUUCGACGCCCUAACCGCGGCCCGCGUCUUCAGCACACUCGGCCUUGAGCCGCCGCCCGAGUCGUCCAAGGACGCGCCGAAAGAAGACCUGGCGGCCGCCGACUCUUCGCCUCAAAUCCAGCGUGUGCUGAAGCUCCUGCCCGGCCGGCAGUCUAUGGACAAGCUCAUCAUCACAUUUACCAACGAUGUCAAUUACCAUUAUUACAUCAUCUACCCGCCCGACUUCCUCAGGGACUACCACAUAUGGUGGGAGAGGCGCUCCAAGAACCGGCCCGUGUCGCUCCAGUUCACUUGUCUGCUGGCCAUGAUUUGCGCCUGUUGCGUCCAACAUGCCGACAACGACAUGCAGCAGGAGCUGCAGCGCUUUUCGGGGAUGCCAGCCGAUGAUCUUUCGGAGCAGCUCCAUAAUGCCGUUCGAGAGUUGGCCAGCGUCAUCCCUGUUGGCCACUACCACAUGUACAACGUACAACGCCUGCUACACUCGUGCUACUGGUACAAGGCAGAGGCACAGUUCCAGGAGGCGUGGCAUGUCCUGAGCGCCGCCAUUCUGGAGGCUCGAGAACUUGAAUGCCACAAAGAACCACCGCCAGGCAAGGAGUCGGAACAUGAUCGCGAAAUGCGGCGCAGACUGUGGUGCAUUCUAGACACGUGGGAUUGGCAAAUUUCUUCUGGCCUCUCACGGCCCAAGAUCAUCGAUAGAGCAGACUGCGACGCUGAGCUGCCGUCACUGACUUUGGAGAAGGACUGGGCGCAUGCACCAUCCCCUCUGCUUCACAUGAAGAUGCAGUCCGAGCUCACCCGCCGUCUGGCGUCUCGAUUCAGCGCGCCUAAGAAUGUCAUCAGCCCCGAUGAAGUCCGAGAAUAUCAGGGCCUCAUCGAGGACUGGGUGCGCAGGUUCCCACCAGUGUAUGAUUUCGAAAACCCCGAUACAUCCAAGGACGCGGUGUUUCCAUGGAUCUUUCCUCAUCGAUACUAUGUCUACACCAUGGCAUGCCUUCUGAUUCUCAACCCCAUCCGGCAUUACAUGGUCAAGUCGUACUCUUGGGACUCGCCCCGGGAGGAGCUCCAGAUCCGAGCUGUCGGUAUUGACUAUUCACUUAAACUCAUGAAGACGCUUCGCAGCUGGGUUGAUCGCAUUUACAACAGGGACGGCCGGUUGCACUUUGUCAUAUUUUCCAUAUUCGACACGGCUGCCAUUCUCUGCACCGCCAUCCUUAAGGAUCACGAGCGCACCAUUCCAAAUCGAGAGGCAAUCUUUGAUGCCGUCACCGAUGCCGUGGCUAUGUUGCAACAGCUGAACUCGAUAUCCAAGACGUCCAAGGCUUCAUACAAUCUUUUGGUGCGACUCGUGCAGAGGUUACCUGAGCGUUCCACGGUCCGCAAUGACCUCCGCAAGAAGGCGAGGAUCUCUCGCAUGCCCAUACCGGCCACGGACGUGCCUGUGAGCAGGAUGCCGGUGCCAGAGCCUGUCACUGGGCCAGAGGCAAACCUGUUGGCGGCUCCUGUCGUUGGGACAGCCGCACCAGCCGCUCCACCGAGCUACAGCCAACAGCCCGUCAAUGCGCAACCCGUUGCUCAGCCAUUGAUGGCCAGCAGCCAAGCGCCGCAAGAGAGCUACGAUGCCAACAGCUUCUCCAGCGCGCACCAGACAAGCUCUGACAGCAAGAGCUUGUCGACAAGCUCCACAGAUACACCGCCAAGCAUACAUGACAAUAUGCUGUCCUCUUUCUCAACCGUCAGCGACAUGGGUGGAAUGCCGCUCGAUGCCUACGGUGCUCCGGGCUUGGCGCCUGCUCACGCGGUUUCGUCAGCACCACCGCCGAUUGCACGAACAGAUGACGUUACCCCAGGUUUCCAGUUGGAAACGGUCACACAGGCGGAACUGGGAGGGCUCGCGCCGCUCUGGACCUGGCACUCAGAGAACCUGGGCUUCACCGCAGUGCCCGCCCAGGCCCCGCCGCCAGAAGAGCCUCCAGUGCCCGAGCACAUGCCUCCUCGUCUGCCUCCGCCUCCACCUUUAACGAGUUCUCACCCUGGUCCUGCGUAUUCAAACGCGCCUCGCACCAUGCAGUAUCAUUACCCCCCUCAGAACCAGCAUCCUUCUCACAGACCCUUGUAGUAUCUCGUUUUUGGCGUCAACUCAUUGUGCCUGACUCUUUUACUUCUGUUCCCUGAACGCUCUUUUUAUAGAGCCACACGCUGCUUACCCUGGCUUCACAUUGAUAUAUCACCGAGGGCAAUUCUUGUUUUAUGCUUUCGCCAUCUGAUUGGUACCAAUGUUGUUCUUUUAACGAAAUCGUGACGAGAGCUGUGCAAGAUACCCCGUGUUGUUAUCAGACAACAUAGCGAUGAAGUCGCAACAGACACCCGUGUUUCGUGAAACAGCAUGGGAACGGGUGGUCGGCUUGCCGGUAUUGGCUAGCGCAAUAAAAGUUAAAUCAUGUGCU